AGCACUUCCUCGAGGUAGAGUGGCGGGAGCGUGCUCCGCGGUGACGCGCAUAGGGAAGUGGAAAGACGGAAGAAAGGACGUAGAAAAAACUUGCCAACUACUAGCUAACUGGCUAGAAAUACAUCUAUUUUCCAUGUUACAAUGGGUGCUUACUGCGAUUUAAAUAAUUGAGCUUACGGAACUUCCCGUAUGCAUUUAGUCACCGCUGUCCCUACUCGACCAGCGGACUCAAGCAGUUUUCAAACAGACUUGCUCACCCGGCCCAGAGCCUCUCUUCGCUCAAAUCUCAUUUAGCUGCUGCUAAAGUGGUGCAAUAACCAGCAAGCUGUACAAAGGUUAAAGUUACAAACUACUAGCUCGCUAGACCAGGGGGACGCGGGCUUUUUCCUCCCUGUGCGGAAAGUUGGUGACAGUACAAGAGCCGCCGACGAGGCCUUCAAGUUGUCGAGGCUGCAUGUGAAGGCUGCUGCUGGCGAGGAGUGACUCACACACCGCUAGUUAGCCAAAAAGCGAAAACAUGUCGGCCCAGGCUCAGAUGCGAGCGAUGCUGGACCAGCUCAUGGGGACGGGGAGAGACGGGGACACCAUGAGGCAGAGGAUCAAAUUCACAGAUGAACGAGUCUGUAAAAGUCACCUUUUAGAUUCAUGCCCUCAUGAUAUUCUUUCGGGCACAAGAAUGGACUUGGGUGAGUGUGUGAAAGUCCAUGACCUGGCCCUCCGGGCAGACUAUGAGAUUGCCUCUAAGGAGCAGGAGUACUUCUUCGAACUUGAUGCAGCUGAACAUCUUCAGUCUUUUAUUGCCGACUGUGACCGCAGGACUGAGCUGGCCAAGAAAAGACUAGCUGAGACGCAGGAUGAAAUCAGCGCUGAAGUGGCUGCAAAGGCUGAACGUGUGCAUGAACUUAAUGAAGAGAUUGGCAAAUUGCUGGCCCGAGCAGAGCAGCUCGGGAGCGAGGGGAACGUGGAUGAAGCCCAGCAGCUGCUGGAGAAGGUGGAGAAAACCCGGAUCUUGAAAAAAGAGGCAGAGGAUGUGUACAGAAACUCAAUGCCAGCUUCCAGCUUCCAACAACAGAAACUACGGGUCUGUGAGGUGUGCUCGGCCUACCUCGGACUCCACGACAAUGAUCGUCGUCUAGCUGAUCACUUUGGAGGAAAACUGCACCUAGGCUUCAUUGAAAUUCGUGAAAAGCUUGAAAAGCUGAGGAAAGCAGUUGUAGAGAAACAGGAAAGAAUGAGAAUGAGAAGACGAGAGGAACGUGAAAGAGAAGAUGAACGAGAGCGACAGUGGGAAUUGGAGAGGGAACGAGAAAGAGAGCGGGAACGAGAGCGCGAAUGGGAGAGAGAACGAGAAAGGCAGAGGGAGCGUAGGAGGUCAAGAUCCAGAAGUGGAGACCGAUACAGGGAUGGAGGUACCUCAUCCUCCCAUCAUUCAAGACGCCCCCACUCCUCUCGCUCCAGAGAAGAAGGUGGGGACCGGGACAGGGAGCGGGAGCGGAAACAUCGACACAAGGACAGGCAUCGCUCACGCUCUCACUCUCACAGACACAAAAGAAAAAGGUCCUCAAGAGAACGAUCAUCUCACACUCAUGAGAGAGAGCAGUCUUUGUCCCAGGAGAGGUGGAAAGAGGGUGCAGGAGAGGGAUGUCGUGACGACAGGGUGGAGUAUGCUGGUUGGGAGGACAGGGAAAGGUCUGUCUCUCCAGACAUGGCCAGAGCAAGGGAACGAGAGAGAUCCCUGUCUUAUGAGAGAGACCGACGCUCCAGCUCUGAGGAACGGGAGUCUGGGGAGAUAUGAGGCUGCCUCCAAAGAAUUUUAUUUGGAUACAUUGUUCAGUGAAAGACGGAUGGAGAAGUUAGAGCAUGUUGACCCAGAAAUCUGAAUGUGUGUCAGCUUUGUAUGGAUGUUCAUGUUAAAAUGGGACAUGUACAUAAGCAGGGGUGUACAGUGAAAACCUGGGGCUGAGUGAACGUCAGAAAAAACAACUUUUAUAAAACUAUGAUAGUGACCUGGAAAAGUACAAUAAUUUUUUAUGCCACCUUGUUAUGUACAGUUAAUUUUGACAGUGGUAAAGGCUACAUCGGUGAGGAGACAAGUCCUUACGUCACUUUUAUUUUACACACAUGAAGUGCUGUUAUUUUUUAUCGUUAGUUGGAUCUUCAAUGUUUUUCCUUUUCAGUAGGAUUCUUAUCAGUAGUUGUGGGUUUAUUUUUACAUGGGUUGAACUCAUGGCCUAACUUUUGCAGAUAGCGUUUAAUGAAUGAAUGACUGAAGGUAAUUCUGAUGUUUGUCUGAUGUUUAUUUUCUAUUUUCAAACCAUAACCAUAAUCUAAUUUGGGAAAGCAGGUUCAUUUCAUUGAGACUGCUUUUAAUUUGGGGUGACGUAAGGAGCUUAUUAUUUUCCCUCUUUAAAAAGAAAAAAGGUAUUCACAUAAGUCCACUGUGUUCCUGACUUGCAAAUGUGUGUAGAUGAUGUGCAUAUUCCAUAGUGACACUUAAAGGCCCUGGGACUUUGGUUCUGUUUGCUGUGGUACAACCUGGAUGUAUGUGAAGGGAGGUCUACUGUGCUGUGCCACGAUCUAAUUAAUAAAAUGUUCUGCUACCAUUUAGA